AUGGCUUGGGAAAUCUAUGCGAGUGAAGAACACUUGAAGUUCCUUCACAUGGUUCUUGAAGAUCAAGGUGAAAGAUAUGCCAGUGCUGGCAGUGAGCCUUUUGGCACGUCAGUUGAAGGGCUCGUUAGCUGUAGUGAGGAGGAACUUAAAGAUCGGAUAGACUUCGGUGUCGCUGCAUACAGCCAUGAUGUAACAUCAUUCGCUGUUGGAGACACACAGUUGGAUUACCUCGAGAAUACAUACUCAGACGAAUCCGAUGACUCUGGCAUCGCUCUCACGCACUCGGAAGAAGACCGAUCCAGGGGUGAGACAUUAAGAACUGCAGCAAUUUCAUCACCGUGUAACAGCUAA